CAGCAUUCUUCAAUUACCUGCGAGUCCUUGGAGCCUUUUUUAUACCGUUGAAAAUUUGCCCAGAGUUGACGAUCUUUAAUAGAAUCUCGUCAGUGAUAGGGGUCUGGAAGAAGAAGAAGAAGAAUCUGAUUCUGUUAUUAUCGAAAAUGUCCGGUUGCUGUGUUGAAAAUUGCAAAACCGCAGCGAAAGAGGUUGAAGUUUUGAAUAACCGCGCGUAAUGGAGCCAAAAUGGCAGCAGUUCGUGGUACUUUGUUAAUCUAAUGACUUUAGAUGUGGAGGAACGAAAAUGACAUCUCGAUUGAACUAAUUCAGAUGACUACUUUUGACCACGCUUUUUGAUGGCCUCGUCUAUAACAAGAAUAUCGAAUGGCUGGUAAGAAAGGCGGAGAACAGGGAGAAUGCAAGGUUCAAAAUCGAUCGAGAGCUCAAGCAGUCUGCACAGAUUCUAAAACCUGUUUCUCUGGUGUACUGUUUACACUUAUAAGAAGUCUCGUAUAAAAACAAAAGUCUGUAAUUUGACGAUAAAACAUCAAUACGAAGUAUAUAUACGUAUAAAAUUUAUAAUGUACGCACGAGUGAAACUAUGUGAAAAAAAAGGAAUGAUAAAGAAAUUAUGUGCUCGAGUGUGCUCGAAUAAUCCGUAUCAGAUUGACAGUGCUAAACCCAAGCCUUUCGAAAACAUUCCAGGGCCAAGAUCCUUACCCGUUAUUGGAACGCUGUACAAAUAUGUGCCUUUCAUCGGUGAAUACAAUUUCACAAAGCUGCAUGCGAAUGGCUUAUUGAAAUUAAAACGAUAUGGACCCCUGGUGCGUGAGGAAAUAGUACCAGGUCAGCCAAUCGUAUGGGUAUUCCGACCAGAAGAUAUCGCAGAAAUUUUCAAAGCUGAAACGGGUCUGCAUCCUAAGAGAAGAUCGCAUUUGGCUCUUCUCAAGUAUCGAAAGGACAGAACUAAUGUCUACAACAGUGGGGGUCUUUUACCCACAAAUGGCACCGAGUGGUGGAGGCUACGUCGCGAAUUUCAGAAGGUCCUUAGCAAACCACGCAAUGUUGUCGAUUAUCUGGAGGAUACUGACGCAGUUGUUCAAGAGUUCGUGCGGAUCUGCUCCCGCGAAAAAACAAACGAUUUCUUACCUUUAUUCUCACAUCUUUUUCUCGAACUGAUUUGCCUCGUGGCUUUUGAUGUAAAAAUGGGAAGUUUAUCGGAAGAAGAAAAACAUCCAUAUUCUAGAAGUUCAAGGCUGGUCGAAGCAGCUCUUACGACAAACAGUGCAAUAUUAAAAUUAGAUAACGGCCCAAUGUUUUGGCGAUUUUUUGAAACACCAUUAUAUCGAAAAUUACGUAAGGCGCAGAAUUAUAUGGAGGAAAUAGCGUUGCAAAUGGUUACUCAGAGAAAUCAAGAUGCAUCAAUAUGUCGAAAACAGUCUCUUCUCAAAGAAUAUUUCAAAAAUGAGACUUUAGACAUCAAAGAUAUCGUGGGAAUGGCAUGUGAUACGUUGCUCGCUGGCAUAGAUACUACGACAUACAGUCUGUCAUACGCCUUAUAUCACCUUGCAAGAAAUACAAAUGUACAAGAAAAACUGAGAUUAGAGGCUGCGACUUUGUUAACGGAUCCUAUGUCUCCUAUAACGGCAGAAAUCCUAAGGAACGCUACAUAUACUAAAGCUGUACUAAAAGAAACUUUCAGGCUAAAUCCUCUCUCUGUAGGAAUAGGUCGUAUCCUGCAAACUGAUGUAGUUCUAAGCGGAUAUCAUAUUCCCAAAGAAACUGUAGUUGUGACACAAAAUCAAGUGAUUUGUCGACUUCCCGAGUAUUUCGACGAACCAAAUUCAUUCAGACCAGAGAGAUGGUUACGUGAUAACGAUGUAACCAAGCUAAAAGAAAAAUUUAUCAACCCAUAUACUGUAUUGCCUUUCGGCCAUGGUCCGCGAUCGUGCAUUGCAAGACGAUUCGCUGAACAAAAUUUACAAAUUACUUUACUCCGGAUCUGCAGAAACCUGCGGUUUACAUGGGGUGGGGACUCUCUUGGUUCGGUUUCAUUACUAAUCAAUAAACCUGACGGACCUAUUAAAUUGAGAUUUGAAAAUCUACAUGCAUAGAAGAAAUAAGUCAUUGAG